AUAUAAAAACAAAAAGUUUUGAGAAAAACAAAGACUUUGAAAGAUAUUCACAAAAAAAUGAAGACAUUGUCCGAUAAAACCAAACUCGUUGUCGAUGUCGACGAUUACCGACGUAUUGUCCUCAAUGAUCGGCCGUCGGCUGCCAUACGAUUGACAGAUGUAUUGAUUUAUAUGAGAGGUGUUUGGCUAACGAUGACAACUCUAAACCUAUUCAUUAAUGUCUAUGUCUUGAUGUCUUUGGAUCGCUUCCUUAUGACCUACGCGUUGGUCACAAUGAUUGUCAGCUUUGAAGGACAGAUUGCAGCCAUUGUUGGCCAGUUUGGUAUCGGUUAUUCCCGAUUAUUGGCCAUUAUCUAUGCCAUAAGCGCGGCCUCGCUUUUGGUCGCAUCGCUAGUUUGGGGACCCGUCGGCGCCAAUCAUUUGAUGACACUUUCGUUGGCCAUUACUCUGGUCUCAGGUCUUAUCGGCGGCUUUAUUGCUGUCAAACAGUAGCCGAUAUGUCUUAACAAUUGUAUCAUUGAAUUAUUGACUUUAAAAUAGUG